CUUCCACCUUCGCCGUUCGUCAACUGAACUUUAAAUGGCACCUCUCGCUUCAGUGUCGAGUUCUUCAGUCAUGAGCCUGCAGCUGAUCGUCCUUCUCUUCAGGCAGGGUCCUGACACAGCGGCGGCUCCACACCCUCCUCCCCGUGCUCGCCGCCUAAGCUAUUGUCGGAUCCCACACCCUCCUCCGCCUCCGUGCACCAGCAGGAGAAGGGGAGGGCUGGGAGAUGGCGCACGACGGGUCUGCCGGCGGUGCCCUGCCCCUCGACGGCGUAGCCUACGUGUACCGCACCGACCGAGACCUUGAGCGUCGCGGGCACCGCGAAAAAGAGCGAGCUCCGCGUCGUUCGUCUGCCGCCGGUGGCUGCUGCUUCAACCAACCACGUAAGCACCUUCUCCUGCAACAACAGGCUGCAGUAAGCCUCAACUGUCUGUUUCCAUCGUCUAACAUUGACUGGCCGAGGAGCAAUUAUAUAGAGUAACUAAAAUGAUUGGAUACUCCUUGGCUGAAAUAUUCUUGGAGAUUUGGCACUAUUGCAACAAUAAGUGUGUGGAUGCAUAUGAACUGUUUGAUGAAAUGCCCGGGGAAUCAUGCGUGUAUUGCUAUGAGAUGUUUUCUCCGAGUUGACUCGUACGGUUCCUGUAGCCGGUUGUCGUAGCCUCGUAGGCAGAAAGAGCUUCCAACUUACAGGUCUGAAAGCAGGAUGGAGUCAAGAAAAAGGGGCUCCUUACAUUGGUCAUAUUUUAUACUGGCAAAUCUGCAGAUUGUCCUUUUUCUUUGCUAUAUAAAAGUAGCGAUAAUUUACAGCGAGGAAGGUGGGAGGAAAAUGUCGCAAAAGUCGUGUUUGAUUACAAGAAAGGCGCGUUUGAUUAGGUGGCCAUGAGUCAGUCUUGAUGACAACCAAAUUGACUGGUCUUGAGUCAGUCUUGAUGACAACCAAAUUGACUGGUCUUAUUUUCCCACCUUCCAAGUAAAUGAAGCAACCUUGAGGUGUGAGCAAGCUUCCAACGAGGCAAGCUAGACACAAGAUUCCCCUUCCACUUCGCAGCGAGAACAGACCCCCCAGUGAGGUAUGAGAUGCCCCCUUGCUAGCCUCAUCGUGCUUCGGCCACUGUCGUAGACCGUUCCGCCACCUCCUACCCAGCUCCUUCGUUCAUCUGUCAGGCAGAGUAUAAAGAGAAAUGCAUCGUGCUGACGAUUAACUUGUGAGGAACAACUGAGAGCAGGCUCACACACCAUAACAAGGCCCGCAAACAUUAAGCAGGCAUACUUGCAUCUUAGUCAGAUUUCAUAUGUUUGGGUAAUAUGGGCACAAUUUUGGAUGCCCUCACGUUCAAACUCUUGACAAAGCUGGGUCAGGUUAUCGAGAAUGAGGUUGUGAUGACAUUAAGUGUGAAGAAGGAUAUCAGGAGGCUAAAGAAUAAUCUGGAACAUUUUAGCGCCAUUCGGGAGGAUGCUGAAGCUCUGGCCAUGGAAGAUAAACGGAUAGAGGCAUGGUGGAAGAACAUGAGCAAUGUAAUGUUUGAUGUUGAUGUCAUCAUCGAUCUUGUUAUGGUUCAUUCAGAAAAGCUUUUGCUGACACCUAGAUCAGUAUGUUGCAAUCAGUCCAUGGUCUCUUGUUUUGGAAAGCUUCCAUUUGAUCACAGGGUGGCUAGAAGAAUUAAGGACAUAAAUGAAAAGCUUGAUGAGAUUAAAAUGAACACAGAGAUGUUCAACUUGGACAGAACCACACGUCAACAGUUCCAAGUAACAAUUGUGGAUAGAAAGCAGACAUCUCCUGUAGAUGAACUAGAGGUUGUUGGAACAGAAAUCAAACAGGCAGUUGAGGACAUGGUACAAAUGAUUGUCAGUGGCUGUCGUGAGAAUAGGUCAAGUGUUUUUGGGAUUCAAGGGAUGGGAGGCAUUGGUAAGACAACAUUAGCUCAGAAGAUUUACAAUGAGCCAUUGGUAAGGGAGAAAUUCCAAGUCCGUAUAUGGUUGUGCAUUUCGCAGAGCUACACAGAGACCGGGUUGAUAAAGCAGGCAAUACGAAUGGCAGGAGAAAAGUGUGAUCAAUUAGAGACCAAGACCGAGCUUCUACCACUUCUAGUGGACUCUAUCAAUGGAAAGAGUGUUCUUCUUGUGCUGGAUGAUGUGUGGAAAUCUGAUGUCUGGAUUGAUCUUCUUCUAUCGCCUUUCAGGAGAGCCUUGAAUUUCCAUGUCAUUGUCACCACAAGAAACCUGGAUGUAUUGGCAGAAAUGCAUGCAACAUAUACUCACCAAGUAAACACAAUGAAUUAUCAUGAUGGUUUAGAGCUGCUUCUGAAGAAGUCCCUCCAGCCGCACGAGCAAAUAAGUGAAUUCGAGAAUGUUGGGUAUGAAAUUGUAAAGAAAUGUGACGGUCUUCCUCUAGCCAUCAAGAUUGUUGCAGGUGUGCUAUCUACCAAAAGAACAACUGCGGAAUGGAAGAGUAUCCGAGAUAGCAAAUGGUCCAUUCAUGGACUCCCCAAAGAACUUGGAGGCCCCCUGUAUUUAAGUUACAGCAACUUACCCCCUCAACUUAAGGAGUGCUUUCUCUGGUGUGCGUUGCUGCCUCCUAAUUUUGAAAUCCAUCGUGAUUCUGUAGCUUACUGGUGGGUUGCUGAAGGUUUAGUGAGGAAAGAGCAUGGAUUCUCAAUACAUGAAAUUGCUGAAGAGUAUUACCUUGAGCUAGUUCGGAGGAAUCUUCUUCAACCUGUACCAGAGUAUGUAGACAAGGCUGUGUCUACGAUGCAUGAUCUAUUGAGGUCACUUGGACAAUAUUUGACAAAGGAUCACUCCCUGUGCAUGAAUGUGGACAGAAUCGAUGCUAUGUCGAAUCUCCGCCGCUUAGGUAUCAGUCAUGCUGUAGAAGAAAUACCCAAUCUGGAAGAGCACAAGUGCUUGAGGAGCCUCCUACUUUUUAAUAACAAGAAUUUCAAAUCAAUGCACAGGGAUAUUUUCAGAAAGCUUGAGCAUAUCCGUGUCUUGGUUCUCCGUGGAACAAGCACCAAGGACAUACCAGACUCGGUUGGAAAUUUGGUGCUAUUGAGGUUGCUAGAUCUGAGCUAUACAGAGAUUAACAAACUUCCUGAAUCCAUAGGAAGUCUCAUCAGCCUUGAAUACCUUUCUUUGCUUGGUUGCCAUCAAUUGGAUAGCCUGCCAGCUGGUCUGAUGAGAUUGUCCAAGAUAAGUUUUUUGCACCUAGAGCAGACUUCAAUUGAUCAUGUUCCUAAAGGGAUCGCAAAGUUUCAGCAGCUGUACAACCUAAGAGGAGUCUUUGAGAGCGGGACUGGAUUCAGAUUGGACGAAUUGCGAUGCCUCCCCAAUAUCCAACGUCUCUGGGUUAGUAAGCUAGAGGAAGCGAUGCCAGGGGGCGAACUUGUACUGAAGAACAGUCGUAAUCUUAAAGAACUGGGACUACGCUGCACAAUGAACAGAGAUACUCAUGAUAGAACUUGCUAUGCGCACGACAAGGUUCAGAAAAUUCAGCAAGUCUACGAUAUGCUCAUCCCGUCGCCAAGCCUAGAAUACAUUUUUCUUGUUGGGUUCCCAGGCACUAUGUUCCCAGAAUGGCUACGAUCGAAACCGGAGCUUAACAUGCCUAGUUUGCGUCAGAUGCACCUCGAUGAGUGCAUAUCAUGUUCAGAGCUUCCACCUGCAGGUCAGAUGCCACAACUGCAAUUUCUUAAGAUUAAAGGUGCAGAUGCCAUAGAGUCCAUUGGCGAAGAACUCCUGGGAAAAGGAGUCAGAAUUCCAGCAGCCUUUUUCCCAAAGCUUGAAGUGCUUCAGGUCAUUGGCAUGUUCAGUUUGAGAAGUUGGUCCCUCAAAACUGGGAAUCCCAGCGAUAGCGCUCAUCAUAUCUCUCUGAUGCCUUGCCUUAAGCGUCUGUUGCUUCUUGAUUGCCCAAAACUGAGAGCUCUCCCUCAAGACAUGUCCAAGAUUGUUAACUUGAAGAGAAUCCACAUUGAAGGUGCUCACAAGCUGAAAGAAGUCGUCGACCUUCCCGCAGCCGUGUGGCUCAAAGUGAGGAACAACACAUGUUUGAAGACAAUCUCCAAUCUCUGUAAGCUCCAGGACUUGCUUGCGCAGGACUGCCCAGCACUGGAUCAGGCAAAGAACCUAUGCUCAUUGAGGCGCUUGUACAUGGUCGACUGCCCACACGAGCAAGAGUUCAGGAAGUGCCUCUCGGAAGAACAAGGCGUCCUAGUCCAUGUUGCUACGGUUGGCGCAGAUGGCCGGAAUAUCUUCCCGGAUGAAUCUCUCUACAAUUAGGCAGGAAGACAGUCAGUCACCGCUGCUAGGCUGGCUGUCAUCGAUGCGUCUGUGCGGGAGCUCCACCUACUUGACGUCUCUACCACCGUCGGCGAUGCUUCUCCCUCCGGCUUGGUGCUGCUUUGCUGCAGGCACCUGUGGAAACAUAGGAAUGCUGCUGUGUUCUGUGGCCUCUCUCCUUCCCUACCCCACGUCCUCAAGUGUUGCCAGGAUGACACGCCGUUGUUUCAUAUAUGCAUAUGCAUUUAUUGUAUACUCCCUCCGUUCUAAAAUAGAUGACUCAACUUUGUACUAAAGUUAGUAUAAAGUUGGGUCAUCUAUUUUGGAACGGAGGGAGUAAUUCAGUUCCGCCACCACAUUUUUACUACCUACAUGAAUUUCCCCUAUACCAGAUAUUAACGUUUGAAAUUAGUGACAUCUACUCAAAUAAAUAUCCAUAGGUUGUGGCAUAGACAUGUUUACAUCAGCAAUCUUUUCUUUGAGAUAUCUGGUGGCCUUUUGUGUAGUUCAAUGUAUCCAUUUGUCAUUGCAUUGCUUUCUUGAUUCAACAGUAACAAUCAAGGACUGCUAAAUUGUACUUCGUAGAGAAAGGGAUGGCGUACACCUACUCCCUCCAUUCCAAAAUAGAUGACCCAACUUUGUACUUCCUCCGUCCGAAAAUACUUGUCGGAGAAAUGCAUAAAAAUGGGUGUAUCUAGAACUAAAAUACGUCUAGAUACAUCCAUUCCUCUGACGAGUAUUUUCGGACGGAGGGAGUACUAACUUUAGUACAAAGUUGGGUCAUCUAUUCUGGAACGGAGGGAGUAGGUUAUAUAGGCUAAAGAGUAUCCACAUCACUUUUUUUACACUUAGCAAUCUUUAAUGGUUUAUUAACACUAGCUAAUCCGAAGUAGAUGUUUGUUAUUUGUUCCCUUUUCCUUACUUAUCCACAGGAUAAUGUUCUUUAUUUGUAUCUGUUUUGUAGAACCAUCGAAUUCAAGUCAUCUUUGAGUACACGACAGCUUCUGAAGUUCGUGCCAUCAUGCUUUAGUUUCCCACAUGGGCUGAGACGAUCCAAAUAAAAAGACGGUCUCGGGCACAAGAGCAUAAUGUGCUUGCGCCAUUUGCUUUCACACCAAGGCCACGCGGUUGAUCAUCUAAGUGCACCUAUGAAGUUGAUCGACAAGGCAGUUGGACGGAGCUACUAAUUAGUAUGCCUAAUAGCUAUGGCUUUAGUUUGACCGCCUCUACCGUCAUUAUGCCUGGCUUUUGCUUUCUUAUUAUGUUCCUGAUAUUAGUACUUCCUCUCUCGUGUUCGUGCUCUUAGUAAUGAACUUAAUGUCGUAGUUAUUAGCUUUUGUGGUCUAAUGAACUCACUGAGUGUUCAU